AUGUCGUUGAAAUCACCGCUGAAACGGCUGUCCGACAGCCCUUCCGAAGCAAGUUUAGCGGUAGCUGAAACCUCAAGAAUUCCGGAGAUGUCGCAGCUCUUUGACAGUUCCGAUCAUCCGCCAGUUCAGCCGCGAUCCCCCCGAGUUUUCACGGCCGAGAAAAAGCUGGAAGUCGUGGCGUUCGCGAAGAAGUCGUCGAUCAGAGCCGCUUCCAAACAUUACGGAAUCGACCGGAAGAGGAUACGAGAAUGGCGAGAUCGAGAGGACCUGUUGAGGUAGGGGAAUACAACGACAAAUAUAUUAUGUAUCUAUAGUAUUAGUCUGUCGGGAAAGUUAUGAGCACAGUGUCGUAAUCGCGUCGUUGAAGUAAAAAGCAAUUUGAUUUUAUCGUGACGCAAUUCAUUUUCUCUGCGGCGAUGCGACUUUCGAUGCGACGGAGUGCACAUUAUUUUCCCGACAGACUGGUAUUUUCAUAAAGUGCAUGGCCAUUAUUUCGCUAGCGCAUCGCACGGUGCAGCACAGUGCAAACCUCAAAAAAGCCGUUUGCACUGUGCAGACUUUUGCGCAAAGCCGCCGCGGAACCGCACAGCGCUUUAGAAACGUUUUCUUACGCUUGUCGCCAACGCACAGUGCAUUUCCCUCUUUUCGCACUCAAAAAAAAAACCCGUUUUGCACUGUGCAAAUUUCAGGUGCCGUUUCGCAGCGAUAUUUCAAAUGCACAGUGCAAAACUCCAAAAAAGAUGAGAUGCACGGUGCAAAAGGGGGGUUUUUAUGGUUUUUUAUGCACGAGUUUUCUCUCGCACUCAAACACGGUGUGUGGGAGAAAAAUCAAUUUUUAGCCACAUCUUUGUCAUUUUCGCAUGGAAAAAAUUGAUUUUUUGUGGAAACAUUACCCUCUGUGGUAGAAAUAGGCAUGAAAAAUUUUGUCCCAAAAUUCGCUAAAAAGUGUCACAUUUCUGGCAACUUUCGACCUAAAAAUCUCGGUUGUUUAUGCAAAGCGCGAGUUAGAAGUCUUGCAUGUCUCAUAGAACAAAUUAUUCUAAAUUUGUGAAAAAUAAAAAAAUUGCUUUCAGACAAAUGGACCCGAAUCAAAAGCGCGCCAAAGGCGCGGGUCGGCCCGUCAAAUCCAAGGACUUCGACCGCACAAUCGCCGAAUUAGUGGAGAAUGCGGCCAGAUCGGGCGCCAAAAUCAAUCGGCGCUUCAUCCUGGAGAAGGCGACCGCCAUUCUGACGGAGAAAGCGCCGGAAAACGGGGUCGACUUGAAGCUGAGUCACGGCUGGAUGGACUCCUUUCUGAAGCGACAUCAACUUAUUCGGCCAAAGAGCAAAAGUUUGGACGAAAAAUUCGCGAGAAUGGGCGAGGAUUCGAUGACAAUUCAAGAUUUCCUAAAUGGCCUCGAGCUGCCGGCUUGCAGCGGGAAGGAGAGGCCGGAAAGUCCAACAUUGGACUGUCUACAGUGGCUACUGGAAGCAUGCCGUAAAAUUGAGGCCGGGAAUUUGGAGCAGAACGAAGAAAAAAUGGGAAAAAUGGAAGGAAAUGAGAGAAAAUGCAUUAUCCAUGAGGAAAAGGGGGAGAAAGCCCUUGAAAUUGACGGAGAACUGAAAGAAAAGAGGCUAAAAUACGAUGGAAAUGGGUUUUCUGUUAAAAAUGAAGAGUGA